AUGAUAUCGUCUUCCAAUAACAGAGUUCAAAAAAUAAAAAACCAAUUUGAGAGUUUAAACAACGACAUUGUACCGGUGAGAAUUGAGUCACAAUUGUAUAAACAUAAACAUGGUUUCUCUGCAAACGUUGGCAAGGAAAACACUGAAAAUAAAAUCGAUUGUAAUUUAUCGCCUAAUAAGGAUAUUGAUAUCACUAAUGAGUCAGAAAGUAGCGAUGAAUGCUCGCCUAAACCCAAUAACAGUUACUUGUAUAACAAAAUAGACGUAAAACGAAGUGUUAGUGAUACGAAAAAUAGUUUAUCCCGCCAAAUUAGUGAUCCUGGCAAGAAACUGCACAGAAGCCAUGCAUUUCGGUGUGACAGAAGUCAAAAAAUAAUUAGUAAUACACCUAAAAGGCACGGUAGUUGCAACGGAAGAGCGGAAACCAGUGAUUUUUCUUUUAAAAUGGAGCGUAAAUUAAGUAAGGAUAGAUUAAAAAGGCUCGGGAAUUUUUUAGAAGACCAAAUGCGGAAAGAAAAUUUUCAUCCUCCAGUGUAUACACAACUUAUUGAGCCGACCAGUGAACCAGUUCUAGCCGAUUCCAUUCCAGAUUCCGAUGUCCCUGAGCACAUUCUUCAACAGUAUGCUCAGGUGGUGAAACCCAAGAAGAAAGAUGUAGACAAGCAAGAUGCAAUGACUGAUAGUGGAGUCAGUUCUGAAACAGAGAACAUUGAUGAUGACAAAGCUGGUCGUGUGAAAAAAUUAAAGUCCCAGUUUGAGAAGCCAUCAGAAAAGACAAAUUUACCCGCCAUGGAUGAAUUCUGUAAUUCCAGUGAUACUAUCCGGUUAGAGCUUAAAAACCCUCACUUAAAACUAACAGACACAUUAAAGAAGGCUUUAAAACAACCUCUGCCUGCUGGGCCUCCGCCUAAAAAGCCACCUCGUGUUUUUAACUCUAAACCCACAAUAUCAGAAGAAGACAUUGAACAACAGAAGAGAGAAGCUAAGAGAAAGCUUGAAAAAUUAGAGAACUUAUUGCUUCAAAAACGUGAAGGUACCGAAAAACCUGAUAAAAAUCAAAAUUUCCAAAAAAAGCCAAAAGAAAUCCACUAUUUAUGUACAGAAAUUCUGGAUAUAACCAAUAGAACAUUGCUACCGAAUCAAACAUCAGAUCCCAUAUCCCGUUGUCUGAAUUCUCUAAACUGUGCCAUUACAAAUAAUUCUACGUCAAGUCUACCAUAUACCCAUUUAAAUGCUGAAAACCAGGCUACAUUAAUGACAUGUUGCACUUCCAGCUUGGACAGCAUAGAAGAGAAUCAAAGGAAGUGCACAAAAUGUACAAUAAACGAUGGGAAGGAACACGGUUUUAAGUGUCAUUUGAACUGUAAAUGUGUUGUGAAAAAUUCUGAAUUUUAUGUGAGUGAUCAUAUUUAUGAUGUGCCUUAUUCAGAAGAUGAUAUUAAAAUUGUUAAGAAGAACAAGUACGGGUCUCUGAACACGCUGAAGUCUAGCAGAAGUAUGGAUGAUUUGAGACUGAAAGCAAUUAAAGUAAGUAAUAGAAUAUUGAUUUUUUAA